UGAACCCGCACCUCCCUGCGCGAGCGUGCUGCAACUUUCCUCCAAUGAAAGCGUCGCAUCUGCCGCUCGCGCUGAGCGAGUGAGCGAGCUAGAGAGAGAAAGGUCGAGUCCGCUGCAGAAACGACGGAGUUCGGGUUCGGCUUUGAAUGUGUAAGGUUCCGGUCCGGAAAGCUCUGGUUUGACGCAGAAUUGAACAUGAGAGAGUUCGCGCGGAGCUGCUGCUGGAUCCUGCUGCUCGUCUGCGGCUCCUCACAGUUGUCUCUGUCGCCGGAGGAGGCGAACGACUUUCUCCGCAGACACCGCAGAGCUUACCAGCUGUUUGAGGAGACCAAAAAGGGUCAUCUGGAGCGGGAGUGUGUGGAGGAGAGAUGCUCCAAAGAGGAGGCGAGGGAGGUGUUUGAGAACGACCCGGAGACGGAUUUUUUCUACCCGAAGUAUGUGGUUUGUUUAGAGAACUUUGGAGACUCAGACAAGAAGAAGCAAGAUCUGAUUACUUGUGUCCACAACAUCCCGGAUCAGUGCUCGUCCAACCCUUGUAAUUCUUACGGCACGGUGCGAUGCGAGGAUAAGAAAGGAGAAUUUCACUGUCAUUGUUUCACAGGAUGGGACGGUGUCAGGUGUGAUGAAGAUGUGAACGAGUGCAACAGAACUAGCGGAGGAUGUGAGCACGAGUGCAUCAACACCAAGGGAAGUUAUCACUGCUGGUGUCGUCAUGGUUACAGGCUCUCGGGUCGCCACGUGUGUGUGGACGUGGACGAGUGUGAUGAAACUCCUGGCAUUUGCGGAACAGCAAACUGUCGGAACCUUGUCGGAAGCUUCGAAUGCUUGUGUGAGGAAGGAUACGUCUAUGAAAACCUCACCAAGAGCUGUAUGGAUGUGGACGAGUGUGAAUCGCGUGUGUGUGAGGAGGAGUGUGUGAACACGCCUGGAAGUUUCCGUUGUUACUGUGAUGGGCGGCAAGGCAAGAGACUCGCGCAGGAUAUGUUGAGCUGCGAGGGCAUUGAGGAUCGACUGCCUCUGGACAUGAGGAGAAACUCACGCUCGCUGUAUCUGGGUCGCAUGUUCAGCGGGAUUCCCGUCGUCAGGCUGCGCUUCCGUCGCCGGGUUCACACCGGCUUCACCGCAGAGUUUGACCUCAGGACCUAUGACCCGGAGGGCGUGGUCUUCUUCGCCGGCGGUCACUUAAGCAGCUCUUGGAUUGUUUUGGUGAUGCAUCGUGGGAAACUGGAGCUGCAGCUGAAAUACGGAGCAGCGAGUCGGGUGACCAGCAGCGGACCGGCGGUCAACGAUGGUCAGUGGCACAAGAUCUCAGUGGAGGAGCAGGGGCGGAGUCUCGUAAUAAAGAUCGACAGGGAGGCGGUGAUGAAGAUCGCAGUCACCGGCGAUCUAUUCACGAUGAAUAAAGGCAUGCAUGAGCUCAACCUGACAGUGGGCGGAGUUCCUUUCAAAGAGGAGGGGCUUGUCAGCAAGGUGAAUCCUCGGUUAGACGCGUGUAUGAAGGACUGGCGCUGGUUAACAGGUGAAGACACAUCCAUUCAGGAAACUAUCCACAACAACGAGCGCAUGCAGUGCUACGCCAUAGAGGACCACAGCGCCUUCUACCCCGGCCACGGGUUUGCCUUCUUCAAUCACAGCCACGGAGACAAUCAGACCCUCAGGAUCCAGCUGACCCUGCGUCCCGCCUCCAGUAUGGGCGUCCUGUUUGCACUGGUCCACCAGGACAGAGUCCCGUUCUCCAUCUCGCUCUCUGACUAUCAUCCAGCAACACUCGAGUGGAAAGAGCACGUCCUGGUGGCGUUUGGUGAUGUCAUCGUGGCCAGCGCCGCAGUCGAUCUCUGUGACUCUGAGACUCACACACUGAAUGUCACUGUGACGGGAAACAGCUCCGUACUGGAGGUGGACGACCGACCCGGACGUAUGGAGUUGGUGGAGAAUCUCGAAGCGAUCGACCUGUUCUCAUACAGCACGUUUAUCGGAGGAAUUCCAGAUGUUUCUCUGGUGUCCACACCCAUCUCGGCCUUCUAUACGGGCUGUAUGGAUGUGCGAGUUAACGGUCGCCUGCUGGACGUGGACGACGCUCAACACAAACACAACGACAUUCGGUCUCACUCCUGCCCCCUAGUGACCACUCAGCAAUAACAGCUGGAACCCACUGCCGGCCACCCCUACAUCCCAUUCAAGAGUGCUUCUAAACCAGGGAUGUUUCAUCCGGGUCCAGUAAUCCUCUCCAUUAAGGCCUUACAAAGCAAUUUCCCUUCAACGCCUCCUAGACCUAAAGCACACGCACACAUCACGCCAUGUAGACACACUGUAACUCCAUAGAUUAUGUAUUAUUAUUCACGGACACGUAGAGACCGCUUACGUUAGACACAACACGAGCUACUGAGAUUGCGAUCGCUGUAAUAUACUGUACGUGUAAAUAUGUGACUGUAAACAUCCAACAACCUUAAUGUCCGACGGCCUUCAGACAGGCCUCGAUGUAGGUGCUCAAAAUCAUAGCGAUAUCCUUUUUUUUAAGUAUUUUAGUUUGUUCUUACGUCUCUUGUUUGUUUUGAGUUUGUGUUUUUAAUCAAUGUACACUGAAACGUUUUGUAUUUCAUUCGUUUGUGCUCAGUUUCUCGAUAGAUACAGAGACGCUCAUUGUAAACAAAUAAAGGCAGAUGUUGUUUUUCCUCAA